CAUCAGGCCCGUUCUAUGGAUUCUAUGUAUUUGUCUUUGUGCCCCCCACUACAGAAUGAUAUCUUUGAAUGGGCUCGGGACCACAGAGUUCACCACAAGUUUUCAGAGACCGAUGCCGACCCGCACAACGCCGUCCGAGGGUUCUUCUUCGCCCACAUCGGUUGGCUCCUGGUGCGUAAACACCCAGACGUCAUUGAGAAGGGGAAGAAGCUGGAGCUCAGUGACUUGAAGGCUGACAAGGUCGUCAUGUUCCAGAGGAAGUAUUACAAGAUGUCAGUGGUCCUGAUGUGCUUCUCCAUCCCCAUGCUUGUUCCUUGGUGCCUGUGGGGAGAGAGUCUGUGGCUGGGCUACUUCGUGCCGGGUCUGCUGAGGUACACCCUGGUACUGAACGCUACCUGGCUGGUCAACAGUGCUGCCCACAUGUGGGGAAACCGGCCCUACGACACCAACAUCAACCCCAGAGAGAACAAGUUUGUCACCCUUAGUGCCAUAGGUGAGGGGUUCCAUAACUAUCACCACACCUUCCCAUAUGAUUAUGCAUCAAGUGAGUUUGGCUGCAAACUGAACCUGACCACCUGUUUCAUCGACUUGAUGUGUUUCCUCGGCCUGGCAAAGGACCGCAAGAGAGUGUCCCCUGAAAUAGUGCUGGCCCGGGCUCAGCGCACUGGGGACGGAAGCACCCGGAACCGGAGUGGCUAGGAGGUUGUCCCCAAUCUCAAAAAAGCUCCAAAACAAAAACCAAUGUAAAAAAACAAACAAAAAUAUAUAUAUAUAUAAAACCGACAAAAGUUUAGUUUGCAGUGUAAUUUUGAGAGAUGCUUCUCUAUCUUGUAGCUACAGUCACAGCUUCACUCUUCUCCUUUGUGAGCUUUUUACGGAUUUCCUAAAGAGUGCUUAAAGAUUCAUGUUAGCUUUUAAAAUAGGGACUUUAAUCACCUGUUUCAUUUCUUCUUCGCUGCAGCAAAUAGUCUGUUGUGUGAAAUGGUACAAAUCUGUCUGUUGCCAAAGCUGGUAUGCUGCCAUUGGUCGAGCCUCCCUCAGUAGGCUGGAGGAGGUGUUCAUGAGCUGUGAAUGCUUCUUCAGCUGCAAUGUUACAUUGAUGUUGCCUAGGCAAUCAAUCCAGAGUUUCUCUUUAAUACUGCUGUCAAGUAUUAAAGGAGAGAUUUGAAAAAUAAGAAAGCUUUAAAAAAAAAAAGAAGAAAAAAAAACAUUUUAAACUUGUUUGUUGUGACACCUUUUAAAUCUCCCGUCUUGAAGUGAAGCUGUCAGUUGUGUCCAUAGCAACCAACACAGAUACUUUUCUAUUCUCAAAGUAACUGUCCAGUGAAAGUCUCACUUUUAAAAGGUCAUAUUCUGUUUACUCAAACCCAAAGAAUGUUCCUAUACUUGUAUUUGUGGCCAAAAGCAUAAAUUGGGAGGAAGAAAGGAAAGAAAAACAAAACACUUCAAAACCUCCAAUUCAAAGUUACAUCUCAAACCGACGGUUUGCUAUUUCCUCAUAGAGUAUGAGGUGCUGGCCAAUCAGCGGUUUACUCACAUGAAUAUUUUUAAUGACCGGUAGAUACGCCCACACCAUUCCAACACAGAAAAGCUGCUUAAUUUUUUUUUUAAUUUGAAGGAAAACUAUUUUAUAUUUCAUAAAAAAUCUGGAAGUUACUUUAAUACUCAAUGAUUUACUGGAUAUUAAUGAGGAAUAGAGUCCUGAAACGUGGAAAACCAUGUUCCAUUUCAUAGAGUAUAUGAGAUUUAUUAGGUUUCAACUGACUUGGUUGUUAUUCAACAUUGUUACAGUUUACAGCACAGUGUUUAAAUGAUACGGAAGGACUCUUACUUUAUUGAGAGGGGUCGCAGUGGAACUGGAUAAAUGAGAGGGGUCGCAGUGGAACUGGAUAAAUGAGAGGGGGGCACAGUGGAACUGGAUAAAUGAGAGGGGUCACAGUGGAACUGGAUAAAUGAGAGGGGUCGCAGUGGAACUGGAUAAAUGAGAGGGGUCGCAGUGGAACUGGAUAAAUGAGAGGGGUCGCAGUGGAACUGGAUAAAUGAGAGGGGUCACAGUGGAACUGGAUAAAUGAGAGGGGUCACAGUGGAACUGGAUAAAUGAGAGGGGUCACAGUGGAACUGGAUAAAUGAGAGGGGUCACAGUGGAACUGGAUAAAUGAGAGGGGUCGCAGUGGAACUGGAUAAAUGAGAGGGGUCACAGUAGAACUGGAUAAAUGAGAGGGGUCACAGUGGAACUGGAUAAAUGAGAGGGGUCACAGUGGAACUGGAUAAAUGAGAGGGGUCACAGUGGAACUGGAUAAAUGAGAGGGGUCGCAGUGGAACUGGAUAAAUGAGAGGGGUCACAGUGGAACUGGAUAAAUGAGAGGGGUCACAGUAGAACUGGAUAAAUGAGAGGGGUCACAGUAGAACUGGAUAAAUGAGAGGGGUCACAGUAGAACUGGAUAAAUGAGAGGGGUCACAGUAGAACUGGAUAAAUGAGAGGGGUCACAGUGGAACUGGAUAAAUGAGAGGGGUCGCAGUGGAACUGGAUAAAUGAGAGGGGUCGCAGUGGAACUGGAUAAAUGAGAGGGGUCGCAGUGGAACUGGAUAAAUGAGAGGGGUCACAGUGGAACUGGAUAAAUGAGAGGGGUCACAGUGGAACUGGAUAAAUGAGAGGGGUCGCAGUGGAACUGGAUAAAUGAGAGGGGUCACAGUAGAACUGGAUAAAUGAGAGGGGUCACAGUAGAACUGGAUAAAUGAGAGGGGUCACAGUGGAACUGGAUAAAUGAGAGGGGUCGCAGUGGAACUGGAUAAAUGAGAGGGGUCACAGUGGAACUGGAUAAAUGAGAGGGGUCACAGUGGAACUGGAUAAAUGAGAGGGGUCACAGUGGAACUGGAUAAAUGAGAGGGGUCGCAGUGGAACUGGAUAAAUGAGAGGGGUCGCAGUGGAACUGGAUAAAUGAGAGGGGUCACAGUGGAACUGGAUAAAUGAGAGGGGUCACAGUGGAACUGGAUAAAUGAGAGGGGUCACAGUGGAACUGGAUAAAUGAGAGGGGUCGCAGUGGAACUGGAUAAAUGAGAGGGGUCGCAGUGGAACUGGAUAAAUGAGAGGGGUGAAGCUGUUCUGGCAACCCUCCCAACAGAGUUCCAGACACGUGUAGAACCUAUGCCACGGUGAAGCUGUUCUGGCAGCCCUCCCAACAGAGUUCCAGACACGUGUAGAACCUAUGCCACGGUGAAGCUGUUCUGGCAACCCUCCCAACAGAGUUCCAGACACGUGUAGAACCUAUGCCACGGUGAAGCUGUUCUGGCAACCCUCCCAACAGAGUUCCAGACACGUGUAGAACCUAUGCCACGGUGAAGCUGUUCUGGCAACCCUCCCAACAGAGUUCCAGACACGUGUAGAACCUAUGCCACGGUGAAGCUGUUCUGGCAACCCUCCCAACAGAGUUCCAGACACGUGUAGAACCUAUGCCACGGUGAAGCUGUUCUGGCAGCCCUCCCAACAGAGUUCCAGACACGUGUAGAACCUAUGCCACGGUGAAGCUGUUCUGGCAACCCUCCCAACAGAGUUCCAGACACGUGUAGAACCUAUGCCACGGUGAAGCUGUUCUGGCAACCCUCCCAACAGAGUUCCAGACACGUGUAGAACCUAUGCCACGGUGAAGCUGUUCUGGCAACCCUCCCAACAGAGUUCCAGACACGUGUAGAACCUAUGCCACGGUGAAGCUGUUCUGGCAACCCUCCCAACAGAGUUCCAGACACGUGUAGAACCUAUGCCACGGUGAAGCUGUUCUGGCAACCCUCCCAACAGAGUUCCAGACACGUGUAGAACCUAUGCCACGGUGAAGCUGUUCUGGCAGCCCUCCCAACAGAGUUCCAGACACGUGUAGAACCUAUGCCACGGUGAAGCUGUUCUGGCAACCCUCCCAACAGAGUUCCAGACACGUGUAGAACCUAUGCCACGGUGAAGCUGUUCUGGCAACCCUCCCAACAGAGUUCCAGACACGUGUAGAACCUAUGCCACGGUGAAGCUGUUCUGGCAACCCUCCCAACAGAGUUCCAGACACGUGUAGAACCUAUGCCACGGUGAAGCUGUUCUGGCAACCCUCCCAACAGAGUUCCAGACACGUGUAGAACCUAUGCCACGGUGAAGCUGUUCUGGCAACCCUCCCAACAGAGUUCCAGACACGUGUAGAACCUAUGCCACGGUGAAGCUGUUCUGGCAACCCUCCCAACAGAGUUCCAGACACGUGUAGAAUCUAUGCCACGGUGAAGCUGUUCUGGCAACCCUCCCAACAGAGUUCCAGACACGUGUAGAACCUAUGCCACGGUGAAGCUGUUCUGGCAACCCUCCCAACAGAGUUCCAGACACGUGUAGAACCUAUGCCACGGUGAAGCUGUUCUGGCAGCCCUCCCAACAGAGUUCCAGACACGUGUAGAACCUAUGCCACGGUGAAGCUGUUCUGGCAACCCUCCCAACAGAGUUCCAGACACGUGUAGAACCUAUGCCACGGUGAAGCUGUUCUGGCAGCCCUCCCAACAGAGUUCCAGACACGUGUAGAACCUAUGCCACGGUGAAGCUGUUCUGGCAACCCUCCCAACAGAGUUCCAGACACGUGUAGAACCUAUGCCACGGUGAAGCUGUUCUGGCAGCCCUCCCAACAGAGUUCCAGACACGUGUAGAACCUAUGCCACGGUGAAGCUGUUCUGGCAACCCUCCCAACAGAGUUCCAGACACGUGUAGAACCUAUGCCACGGUGAAGCUGUUCUGGCAGCCCUCCCAACAGAGUUCCAGACACGUGUAGAACCUAUGCCACGGUGAAGCUGUUCUGGCAACCCUCCCAACAGAGUUCCAGACACGUGUAGAACCUAUGCCACGGUGAAGCUGUUCUGGCAACCCUCCCAACAGAGUUCCAGACACGUGUAGAACCUAUGCCACGGUGAAGCUGUUCUGGCAGCCCUCCCAACAGAGUUCCAGACACGUGUAGAACCUAUGCCACGGUGAAGCUGUUCUGGCUGGUGGUGGCCCAGCGUUCUAUUGACACGAUGUUGGUGUUGUUUUUAUUUUGCCAGUUACCUCUAUGUGCCCAUAAUGUGCCAUUGGUUGGACAUGUCUAGUGCAGACUUACCAUAGAGCCGUUAUUAACCCCUUGUAGCUGGAUAAUGCUGUUUAGCAAGCUACUUAGGUCAUACGAUUGUACAUGAUUUUAAAACGUUUUCAGACAUUUAGCAGACGGCUCUUAUCCAGAGCAAAUUACAGGAGCAAUUAGGGUUAAGUGCCUUGCUCAAGGGCACAUCGGCAUAUAUAAUAUUUUUUUCUUCGCCUAGUCAGCUCUGGGAUUCGAACCAGUGACCUUUCGGUUACUGGGCCAACGCUUAAAAGUGUGGUCUUUGUCAUAACCUAAACAAAUGCCCUGAUUUCCCUGACACUAGCUAAAUAAAGUCAAUUAGUUGUUACCGGAGACAGUCGUAUAGCAACAGAUAACAUUGACACGGAAGCAUUGUGUUUGUCUCAGUAAAGGUAGUAACACGUGCAGUAGGCCCAGGUGUUAUUUGGACGAUAGAAGAUCUAGGGGCUGUUUGGAUCUUCUACAGAGGCUCAGAUUGUGAUUUAGGAGCUUGUUCAAGAGGGGAGUUACUUUUCAUUCAACUUGAAAGAUUCUGUUUGUAUGUUAACUUGACAAAAUGUUCUUUGUGUAUUUUGUGUAUUUUUGUGUAUUUUUUGCCAUUUGUGGUUUUCAUUUACUGAAAGAAAAUGGCAUGAAAAUGUAUUGCUUUUAGUACUUUUUUUCCUUUGGCAGUAGCACAGAACUUCUCAAAUGAAUUAUUUGAGCACCUUUUUAAACAAUUUUAAAGGUUCGAAAGCAGCUAUUUUUAUCGCAAUGUCUAGCAUUUCUGGGUAACAGUUAACUAACUACCUUACUGUGAUUGUUUUCAAUUAAAAUGGUCAAAAAGAAAAAAGAAAAAUAGCUUUGUAGCAAAGAGCAAUUUCUCAAGCAAAUGUUUAACUUGAACUGUCUGGAAGUGGUUCUGAGUGGGGAGGGGGAAACUGAAAACGAGCUGUUAUUGGCAGAGAGGUCUGGAACUCUCUUUCUUAUUGGUCGAUUAACUCAUUUACCACAUGGUGAUGUCACCAUGUCAGGCCGAAACUCCCUCUCACCAAAACAGGCUGAAAUUUCAGGCAGUCUUUUCAAACAGCUCUUACCACUAAAAGGAAAUAUAUAUAAAUAUAUAUAUAUAUAUAUAUAUGUAUAUAUAUAUAUAUAUAUAAAACACAGGAAAUCACAUUGUUGACUGUACUUAAAAAGACUGAGUCGGGAUACUCUACUACUGCCCAAUGCCUUAUGAUUACAGUAAUCCAUUCCUGAUCCUUUCUGUGUUCACAUCACAUUUAGUUUGGUUAAAAACAGCCAAAGGCAAAAAUGACAGGUACCACAAUGCAGAUCUAAGUGUUUUAGUUCCAUCAGAUAUGAAUGAAUUGGUGGUUUAUUGUAUUGAAUGUACUUUAGUGGACAGUGGCUGAGUCCCAUAGACGUGCCAACCUGAAGGAGGUACAGAGACAGGACAUGAUAUCUGCCUGGAACUUUUGAACAAAAAGGGGCUUUAAUGUUAGCCUGGUCCCAGUUCCGGAUUGGUUUGUGCUGUAGAUCAAAACAGCUGUAGGAGUUGGAUACAAAGCACACGUUGAUCUGAGAACAGGAUACUUUAAUGUUAGCCUGGUCCCAGUUCCGGAUCUGUUUGUGCUGUAGAUCAAAACAGCUGUAGGAGUUGGAUACACAGCACACGUUGAUCUGAGAACAGGAUACUUUAAUGUUAGCCUGGUCCCAGUUCCGGAUCUGUUUGUGCUGUAGAUCAAAACAGCUGUAGGAGUUGGAUACAAAGCACACGUUGAUCUGAGAACAGGAUACUUUAAUGUUAGCCUGGUCCCAGUUCCGGAUCUGUUUGUGCUGUAGAUCAAAACAGCUGUAGGAGUUGGAUACAAAGCACACGUUGAUCUGAGAACAGGAUACUUUAAUGUUAGCCUGGUCCCAGUUCCGGAUCUGUUUGUGCUGUAGAUCAAAACAGCUGUAGGAGUUGGAUAUAAAGCACACGUUGAUCUGAGAACAGGAUACGAUACUUUCAUGUGAAAUGCUACUGAGAACUAAUCGUAGAGUUUUACUGAACUGCAAAUUAUUACAACAAGUCAUUCAAAUAAUUAUCUUGCAGUAUUAUUCAACAAUCCCCAAAUAAAUAUGGUUAAUUCUGUCAUGUUGAGGGAAGCAAAACUGUUAUCAUUCUUAUGUUCUGGUAUAUGUAAAAUGUGAAAUAUUUUCAAUAAAUGUAUAAUUAAAUGAAUUGUUGUUGCUCUA